CAUAGCGCCAAUGUUCCGUCUAUCAUCACGACUGUCAAGGCAACUCUUGACCUGGCGACCCUGGGCUCAACGUCCGGCAUCGCCAGUGCGCGAGUUCUCACAAUCAAACUUCUCUCUCCUCAAUCCAGCUGAGAAGCUCGAAGAAGAAACCCUGUCAUGGUACUCGCCCAGUGACUUUUAUCCCGUGAAAAUCGGUGAAGUCUUCCAGUCGAGGUACCAGGUGAUCGGUAAGUUAGGCUAUGGGGGAUAUUCAACCGUUUGGUUGUGCAGGGACCUACAGCAGCAUGCUUAUGUUACACUGAAGGUAUUCGAGCGCAAUUCGGAAGAAGGUCAAAGAGAGACAGAAGCCUACUCCCAUCUGAAUUCCCUCAGCAUAGCCGAUCAUGCUGGUGCUAGGCUCAUUCGGAAAGCACUGGAUAGCUUUCAGAUUACUUCUACCGAGGGCAAUUUCAGGUGCCUUGUUCAUCCGCCUUUGGGGAUGAGUCUGUAUGAUUUUCGCACCCAACUGAGGGCUAAGGUGCUGCCCGAGAAGAUAGUCAAGUUGACCCUGGUGCAUCUUCUUCUUGCGCUUGAUUACCUGCAUACAGAGGCUGGGAUUAUCCAUGCAGAUAUCCAAGAAAGGAAUAUCAUGAUGGCUAUUGAAGACAAUUCAAUCUUGAGCGACUUCGAAGAGGAGGAGAAAUCAAACCCGAGCUCGCGGAAAAUCGCCGGAGAUCGCGUGAUCUACGCUUCUCGCAAGCUCAAGAAAACCAAGCAACAUGGCCGUCCUACGCUGUGUGAUUUUGGUCAGGCUCGUUUUGGGGCGCAGACGUACUCUGGAGACAUUCAGCCCUAUAUUUAUCGCGCUCCCGAGGUGCUCUUGCGAAUGCCGUGGAACGAAAAGGUUGACAUCUGGAAUGUCGGAGUGCUGACAUGGGAUCUCUUUCAGCAAGGACAUCUAUUUUACGCUCGAGAUCCAGAUAAGAAACCAUCCGAUGGUCACCAUCUCGCCGAAAUGAUCGCCAUUAUGGGAUCACCGCCGAAAGAAAUGAUGCAGAACAGUGUCUAUGCGGCUGAUUUUUUCGACAGUGAGGGACAAUGGAAGGGAACCAUUGACAUCCCUCCUGUAUCAUUCGAAAAGCUUGAAGGAAACCUAGACGGUGAAUCCCAGCAGUUGUUCCUACACUUCCUGCGCAAGAUGCUCACAUGGAACCCCGAGGAAAGAGCAUCGGCGCGGGAGCUGUUAGAUGAUCCCUGGCUACGGUCGCCUUGACCACUCUGCUUGCUGGCGAGUAGGGCCACGAUAUGAUAGAUGAUUAGCUCUGGUUUGCAGGCGUAUGGAAU